UCCGUCGCUCAAUUGAAGCUCACUCUCCUCUUCGCAGGAACAAAACCUGUCUACUCUCUCUCUCUCUCUACUCUUCUUCACCAUUUCUUCUGGUUCUGAUUCUAGGGCUAUGCUUUCUGAACUCGGGGCAAUGGCUUCUCUCAGCAAUGUCUAUUUGUCACCAAAAUCGCAGUAUCCUUCUUCUUUUUCUUCUGCAAUUUCGCCAUGUAAAAGUGUUUGCUUAGUUUCUCCAAAGACAGCUUCGGAUUUUCAAUUAAAGGGGGUUUCUAUGAAUCUUGAUCUGUUUGUAAUUCGAGGGAAUCACCAUGGCAGAGCUUGGAAAUGUGGUGUUCAGUUGGUUCCAAUUAUGGCGGUGCAAAAGUCAGAGCCUCUGAAGAUUAUGAUUGCUGGAGCUCCAGCAUCAGGAAAAGGAACACAAUGUGAGCUAAUCACAAAGAAAUAUGGAUUGGUGCACAUUGCUGCUGGAGAUCUAUUGAGGGCAGAGGUUGCUCAAGGAACAGCAAAUGGAAAGAAAGCAAAAGAAUACAUGGAGAAAGGCAUGCUGGUUCCUGAUGAAAUAGUUGUCACAAUGGUGAAGGAGCGCCUAUUGCAGCAGGAUGCCCAAGAGAAGGGCUGGCUUUUGGAUGGAUAUCCGAGGAGCUUAUCUCAAGCAACAGCCUUGGAAAACCUGCAAAUCCGGCCCGAUCUUUUCAUUCUGUUGGAUGUCCCUGAUGAGAUUCUCGUUGAGAGAGUUAUUGGCAGAAGGCUUGACCCUGUUACUGGAAAGAUCUACCAUUUGAAGUAUUCUCCUCCCGAGACUCAAGAAAUAGCUAAUAGGCUUACUCAACGCUUCGAUGAUACUGAAGAAAAGGUAAAGUUGCGGUUGAAGACCCAUCAUCAGAAUGUGGAAGCUGUACUUUCCAUAUAUGAAGAAGUCAUAAUCAAGGUGAAGGGGGAUCUUCCAAAAGAGACUGUGUUUGCGGAUAUUGAUGCUGCGCUAAGUGUAGUUCUUGAGAGCAAAGCCAAGCCCAUUUCAGCUGCCAUGGCGACCAGUGUGACACAGUGAAGAUCCAACAUUGUAGCAUAGCAGUUCGGAUGUGAUUUGAAGGCAUAUCUUUGUCUCCCUUUGAGGAAGGGAGGGAGGAUGAGAGUAAUUUUUCAGCUGCAGGAAAAUAUAUCCAAUUAUCCCUUGUGAGUUAACUAUAGUGUUGUUGUUCACUAUAGAUUGAAAUAGUUGUGUAGUUUGAAAUGUCACUUGCAUUUUGCCUGUGUUAAUUCAUCACGACAAUUGACUUGCCAUCCAUUGUCUGUCCAGUCCAUUCAGCUUAUGAGCUGAUGGAAUAAUAUAAACCCAACGAUCCAAAUUGAAUCUGGACUAAUCUGAUGGU